CGUCAACUUCAUCCUUCCUCCAUUCACCUUCAUAGCUCUCAGAAUCCGCCGCCAUAAUGUCGGCACCUGUUCACAUCUCCUCGAAGGAGCAAUUUUCCACGCUUCUAUCCACUUCCAAGUUCGUCGUCGCAGACUUUUAUGCAGACUGGUGCGGACCAUGCAAAGCUAUCGCCCCCGCGUACGAGCAGCUGGCCAAACAGCUUUCGCGCCCGAACCGGAUUACCUUCACCAAGGUCAACGUUGACGAGCAGCAAGACAUUGCCCGUGCAUAUGGAGUUACAGCUAUGCCCACCUUCAUCGUUUUCCAGCAAGGCCGCCCCAUCUCCACCGUUCGCGGCGCCGACCCCAAAGCCCUCUCCGACGCCGUCCGCAAGCUCGCCGAUGAAGCAAACAAGAACGACACCUCCGCCUCCGGCGAGGCCUCGGGUGAUCUCAGCGGCGGAAACGGCUGGAUCGGCGCCGCCGUGCCCAAGGGAUACAGCGAUAUCACAGACCAGCACGACCCCAAGGGCCUGGAGCUGCUGAACCGGGAUAGCGACUUCGGCACCGCGAAGACACUUUUCGAUCCGUCGAAGCCGUCCGCGCUGAGUGACAAUGGGAAGAAGAAGGAAGGCGCCCCCGCGGACUGGGUGGAGAGUGAUACCGACGAGCAGCUGAUGCUUUUUAUUCCGUUCCAGUCGACGAUCAAGGUCCAUUCGCUGCAGGUGACUUCUCUUGCGUCUCCGUCGGAGGACGACGACGAGGCGCCGAUGCGCCCGAAGACGAUUCAGCUGUACACUAACCGCUCGCAUGUCCUUGGGUUCGACGAGGCGGAUGACAUCACGCCGGUGCAGACUCUGACGAUUCAGCCUGAGGAUUGGGAUCCCAAGACGGCGACGGCGAAGGUCGAUUUGCGGUUCGUCAAGUUCCAGAAUGUCACGUCGUUGGUCCUCUUCUUCGUUGAUGGCGAUGGGGACAGCGAGAAGCUGCGCGUGGACAGAGUCAGGAUCUUUGGCGAAGCCGGCGAGAAGAGAGAGAUGGGCAAAUUGGAGAAGAUUGGCGAUGAGCCGGGCGAAUAAGCUCUUCCAUGAAUUGCAAACGGUACCUUAUUCCGUACGGAGGACAGUGUCGGACAUAGCAUACGAGACUAGAUUUACGACCUACGAUGACUUCAAGAGUAAUCCAAUUCCCAAAAAUUUUUAUUUUCAUUC